GACGGCAUGUGGUCGGCGGCACAGUUUGAGGAGGAGAUACGCAGUCCGCGAACGGCCGCACUGGGCGCGUGGACAGUGGGCGAUUCUGGGGACGAGGCGCUGGUGGGCAUGUGUUUCACCUCGACAGUGCUCGACGAGGCGUCGCUCACAUCGCUCGCCGUCCACCCGCGGCUGAGGCGGCGCGGGAUCGGUGAGGCGCUGGUCUGCGAGAGCAUGGCGCGCGCGCAGGCGGCAGGCGCUGCGCGCUUUCUCCUCGAGGUGCGCUCGGGCAACGAGGCGGCUCUCCGGCUGUACGGCAGGUGCGGCCUCACAGUCGCCGGCCGCCGGCCGCGCUAUUACCGGGAUGGUGAGGACGCGCUCCUG